AUGGCAACCAUCCCCCCACCGACAAAGCUAGGCCGGUACCGCGUGCUGUCGCCGCGCGCGGGGCUGCGCGUGUCCCCGAUCCAGCUGGGUGCAAUGUCGCUCGGGUCGCACUCGGACCAGCUGGGCAAAGUGUCGAAAGAGCAGGCGUUUGCGCUCCUCGACGCGUACUACGCCGCGGGGGGCAACUACAUCGACACGGCGAACAGCUACCAGGGGGGCGAGAGCGAGGCGAUCAUUGGCGAGUGGGUGACCGCGAGAGGUAACCGCGACGACCUGGUCAUCGCGACCAAGUUUACGAGCAACUAUAAGAACGGCAACAAGGACCAUCCGAUCCAGGUUAAUCGCGCGGGCAACAGCCUCAAGAGUAUCGUGCUCAGCUUGGAGAACUCGCUCAAGCGGCUCCAGACGAGCUAUGUGGACGUGCUGUACCUCCACUGGUGGGACUGGACCACGCCGAUCGAGGAGGUCGUGCAGGGGCUCAAUAACCUCGUCAAGGCGGGCAAGGUCCUCUACCUCGGCAUCUCGGACACGCCGGCGUGGGUGGUCGCCAAGGCGAACCAGUACGCGCGCGACCACGGCCUGGCGCAGUUCGUGAUCUACCAGGGCAAGUGGAGCGUGCUCUCGCGCGACCUCGAGCGCGACCUGCUCCCCUUGGCGAUCCACGACGGGCUGGCCAUUGCCGCGUGGGGCGCGGUGGGACAGGGCAGGUUCCAGCGCAAGGCCGACCGCGGGGCGAGCAAGGACGGGCGCAGCGCGCUCCCGCUCACGGACAAGGAGGUCGCGGCGAGCGACGCGCUCGAGGCCGUGGCCGACGAGCUGGGCGUGGCCAGCGUCACGGCUGUCGCGCUGGCGUACAUCUUCGCCAAGUACCCCUACGUGUACCCCAUUGUCGGGGGGCGUAAGGUCGAGCAGCUGCACGAGAACAUUGGCGCGCUGGACAUCAAGUUGAGCCAGAAGCAAGUGCGCUUUUUGGACGGCGCGCUGCCGUUCGACUAUGGCGAGCCGACUGCCUCGUUCGGCCUCGACCCCCACUUCCUCGGGUUCCAGCAGCACUUUGCCGUCGAGUCCGCCGGGAUCGUCGACUACGUGCCCCUCCGGCAGCCGGUCGACGUCGGGCAUCUGCGCGAGAGCGACAAGGAGGCCAAGAAGGCGUACUUUGAGGGCAAGGACCGGCCGUGGUAG